CCUCGCGUAUUUUGAUGCCAAUGAUUAGAUCGACCUUCACAGCGCACUUUGCACCUCACCUCAGAAAGUCCACACUGUUUGCUCAUCGUUCGCGCUAUAAAAACAGACGCCAAAAAUUUUGGUUAGGUUUUUAGCAAACGGUGUCACAAUGGUGAAAGCGCGUAAGUACGUCUACGUCAAACACUUCAAUGGUUUCCCAAAAGAGGACGACUUGGAAUUGGUUGAGGAAGAAUUGCCGCCACUGCAAGACGACGAAUACCUGGUAGAAGCCGUCUACUUAAGUCUCGACCCCUAUUUGCGAUCAUCCGCCUUCAAACUAAGCCUAGGCACAACCUACAUAGCUUUCCAAGUAGCGAAAGUCGUACAAAGCAAAAAUGCGCAGCACCCGGUGGGUCAGCACGUCGUGGGCAACCUGGGCUGGCGCACCCACACUAUCUGCAACCCCAAAACCCAAGUAACCCCACUGCCAAACUACGGCGGGCUUCCACUUUCGCUCGCUCUGGGUGUUCUAGGGGUAUCUGGUCUCACAGCCUAUUUCGGUUUUCUCGAAAUCUGCCAACCCCAACCAGGUGAAACCGUAGUCGUGACGGGAGCCGCGGGUGCUGUGGGUAGCGUAGUAGGCCAAAUUGCCAAAAUCAAAGGGUGCACGGUGGUGGGGGUGGCGGGGUCCGACGAGAAGGGUAAAUGGUUAGUGGACGACCUGGGUUUUGACAAGUUCGUCAACUACAAGGAUAAGGAUUUCGUGACGAAGCUAGCCGAAGCCACUCCCAAGGGAGUUGACUGCUUUUUUGACAAUGUGGGUGGGGAGGUUUGUUCCAAUGUGAUGUACAGGAUGAAUUUACGUGGAAGGGUGGCGCUGUGUGGGGCGGUUUCGUGCUACAAUGACGUUACGCCGAGUAAAGUUACUAAUUUCAAUGCGCCGUUGAUUUGGAAUGAGGUUAAAGUGGAAGGGUUUAUUGUGUCGAGGUGGAGUGCGAGGUUUGGGGAAGGAGUCCAAGGGAUGGUGAGGUGGAUUAAGGAGGGGAAGUUGAAGUUGAGACGGUGACGGAAGGGUUUGAGAAUAUGUUUAAGGCGUUUGUGGAUAUGCUGAAUGGGGGAAACACUGGAAAGACUGUUGUUAAAGUGUAACGACUGCAAGUUUUAUAAAAUAAAUUAGACUGUAAGUGA